AUGCUCAUUGAUCUUCCAUAUAGCCUGAACAAAAGACUUGCAAAUCUGUUGCGAGGCUUCGAUGAUGACCUUUGCGAUCCGCAUACAGUCACUACCGACCAUUAUCCAUCGUUGCUGAUUGGACUUAGUGUUCAAAAGACAAGUCCACUAAAAUUAAAGGCAACGUUUCGUCUUCCGAAUAGUACCAAGCAGUUUUCUUUUGAAGGCAUGGUGUUUUCAAAUGGUUUCUCAGCUGCAGCUGGAAUAGCCGCUUGCCGAUCGCUAGGAUGCAGCAAAUCAACAGGUUUCGUUGCAGUGGCAUGGACACAGCAAACAGCCUGUGAGUUUACGUGUCCUGAUGGUACAAGUGCGAUGCAAAAUUGCCGUUAUAUGAUCAGCAACCUCCAAUGUUCUGCUGAUGCUAUGAACCUGUUGGAAUGUCUCACCAAUGAGCCGUUUUGGCAGUAUGGAUCCACCCCGCCAAGCUAUAACGCUCAAGGGAUUGAUCUCAAGUGUAUCGAAUGUGUAGACUAA